GUCUUUAAUAAUUAAGUAACAAACGUGUCACUCUUCUCUUCCCUUCCAAAAACAAAAAAGAGUCAUAACUCAUAACAAGGAUAGUCAAGUGAAAAGCCUACUUCUCCUUCUCUUUCUUUUUAUCACCUACUUUCUCAGACAAAAACCAAAGAAAACUCAUAAUACAUAUAAAUUAUGUGUAAUUCAAAUGGUGAUUGCAGGCCGUUGGGUUUUCUCUUGGGUCUUCCCUUUGCCUUUCUCUGUCUCCUUAUCUCAAUCAUUGGUCUUAUUGUAUGGAUUGUUGGGUUGUUGCUGACAUGCAUAUGCCCCUGCUGUUUGUGCCUUACAGUAAUUGUUGAGCUUGCUUUGGAAUUGGUGAAGGCUCCACUUCAUGUCAUGGAAUGGUUCACUUCUAAGAUUCCAUGUUGAGAUGGUUUCUCUUUGCUAACUGUAUCAGAGUUCUCUAGAUUUAUGUUUUGUUAGUGCUUGUUUCAAUUCAAUUUCUUCUUUUUUGAUAUAUUCAAGUUUUUGACUCACUGUUAAUCUUUGUGGUUUUUGGGUUCUUUGGAAAAUUAACAGUAUUUGGUUCAAUAAUUGCAGUUGAACAAGAAAAAACUGAACAGUUCAUGGUAUUGUGUUGUUUCUUGUGCAUAUAAUUCAUUAAUGAAUUUGGAGCGAUUACUGUUUUGUUGGCUGAUA